UAACUUCUUUAAUGACGCUUUAUUUUUAUUUUAUCUAGGUUAGUAAUGCUCAGCACUUACAAAAACCACCUACUGCAUCCUCAACACUUGUUGUUACAUCAAGUCCGCAAAGUGAUGAAAUGGUUUGGAAAGUAAAACGUCGUCAAGACGGUACAAGAUAUAUAGUCCGCCGUCCCGCUCGUAGACAUUUCUUGCACGAUCGACCGUCAAAAAAUAAUACCGAAAUUAUAAAAACAGAUUUUACAACAACUGAAGACGAUACUAUAUCAGAAGUAAAAACUGGUCGCUAUUGGUCUCGAGAAGACAGGAAAAAACAUGUUGAGCAAGCACGAGAACGUCGUCAACAACAUCGUAAUUUAAUACGAACACCAACUUCUGCUACUUUAUUAUCAACCAUACGUAUUAACGAUAAAAACAAUAUUAAAUUCCAUCAUACUCAAUCUGUAGGUAACGCACAUAAUUCUAAACUUAUACUAGGACAAUCCAAUAAAUCAAUUCAUUGUCAAAACGCUAAUAAAUCGAAUGAAAAUGAUCAGUCGCAAAGCAAUUGUAUUCAAUCAGAAUUAGACCCGAAACAAACGUCUUUGUUCACGAAAAUAUCUAACACAAAUAAUUUCUGUUUCUGAGACCGCUUGUGCAAAUGCUGUGAAUACAAUACAAGCAUCCGUAGAGAUUGUUCCUGUUGCUCCAACAGUUUGUAUUCCUAACCUAAUUUCAAGCUCCCAAAUAGGAAAUGGACCAAAUUCCAAGGGAAGUAGCCAACUGUCUCAAACAACGCCUUAAGGAGAUUUCAAAUAUUGUUAACUUGACAUAUUUAAAUUCAAUGUUUACUUCUAAUGAAGUUUUUUAUAUUUUGUUGAAG